CGUCGGCGCAUAGCCAGGGAUGGGCAGUGGUGAUCAACAUGACAAGUUGGGGUCUUUCAUAAGUGUUUCGUGGUGUGUCUUUCUAGCUGAAAAAUGGCUGACGCAAAGAAGGAGACAGUGGCUAAAAAGCUGCCAGCAGUACCAGAGUCUGUACUCAAAAGGCGUAAGCGCCGCGAUACCGCCAAAGCAGUUCGCCUUCAGACUUCAAUAAAGAAACGUACUGAAACUUACAAAAAACGGAAGGAAAUCUUCAAGAGGGCCGAACAGUAUGUUAAGGAAUACCGAAGUAAGGAAAGAGACGAGAUUCGUCUUAAACGGCAGGCGAAAAACCGCGGAAAUUACUACAUUCCUGGCGAAGCUCGUCUCGCUUUCGUCAUGCGAAUUCGGGGUGUUAACCAAGUUGCUCCCAAAGUUCGCAAGAUCCUCAAGCUUUUCCGCCUCCUACAAAUUAACAAUGGUGUUUUCCUGAAGUUGAACAAAGCAACAGUGAACAUGUUGCGUAUUGUUGAGCCGUAUAUCACGUGGGGAUACCCCAAUUUGAAGUCAGUACGAGAACUGAUCUACAAAAGAGGAUUUGCGAAAGUCAACAGGCAACGCAUCCCAAUCACGAGCAACAAAAUCAUAGAAAACCAAUUGGGAAGGAGCAACAUCAUCUGUACAGAAGAUUUAAUCCACGAAAUCUUCACUGUCGGUCGGAAUUUCAAGUUGGCUAGUAACUUCCUGUGGCCCUUCAAGCUAAACACACCUAACGGAGGUUGGAGAAAGAAGACGAACCAUUACGUUGAAGGUGGAGAUUUUGGUAACCGUGAGGACAAAAUCAACGAACUCCUUCGUCGAAUGGUUUAAGACAAUUUCGAAAAUAAAACUAGAGUUUACAAAA